ACAUCACUCAAAUAAAAAAUGACAUGUCGCAGUGAUAUCAAUACAGAAAAUAGAUCUAGAACAGAAUGUCUAAUAACCCUCAAAACUUACAAAAACCUGAGCCAAACUGCGGAAAACCACGAGGCUCUGCUCCAAGAAAAAACCCCCCUACUAUAUCCUGCGACCCUGCUUGAAGAAAAAGAUGCGACCGUUGUUAGCUUAUCAUUGGACAUUCUAGAAAAUUUCAUAUCGAACGAAAGCACUCACUCAACUAUCCUUUCAACAUUUGGAAUUUAUGAGGCGCUGCAAUCAUUAUCUUUGAAGAGAAGAAACAAAGAUUACCAACUGAGUAAUAGAGCUGAAGAACUGGUGGAUAUACUGCGAUCAACUGCUCCUCCUGCUUUUGGAACCAGAAGUAGAUCUAAUAAAACUCAGAAUCAGAAGAGGAACACUGUGUAUCUCUUACAGAUUCAAGAACUGAACAAUACCAACAAGAAAAGACUGGACAGGAUGCUGGUGAAAACAAGCGGAGUCAUUUCCUUCUUGAUCGACUUGGAAAGAAAGCGAUGUACGAUUCGACUCUGUCAAAACACCAGUAUACAAUCUCUGGCAGUGAAAAUUCUGGAAAUUUGCAAAAUGACCCCCAUGAUCGUAACCAAGGACUUGAUAAGUGGAGAGGAGGUUUUGAAAGACUUGAUCGAAGGUACAACGGAUAAAACGGUACUUGAGUAUUAUACGGAUGAAGGAACUCCCCCAAAAAACACAGCUUUGACUAGAACCAUCGAUUUUGUCAAAAACGGGAACUGUUUGUUCAAAUCUGUAACAGAUUUUUGGAACGAGUCUUUUUACUGGUGAUAUUUUUGAGGUUAGUGAAAGGGGCUUCAAUACUGCGUUGAGUUCGUGAUGUUUCUGUUUUAUUGUAGAUGUAUAGGUAUUAGUUUUUUACGAGUUUUGGGUGGAUUUAUUAUGAUAUCAUUAAAUUAUAUGCUGUAUUAUGAAUAUUUCAGUGAAUUAUUUUGACCAAUAUUUUCAAACAAACAUGAGAAUAAACACAUAAACAUUGA